AUGAAGAAGAAAUAUUUCAAAAAACUAUUAAAAAAUCACAAAAUUCAUCUAACUAAACACCCGCAGGUUUUUAAUGAUGAUUUUUAUUAUGUUGGAGAUUUUAGUAAUCAAACUUAUUCUUAUGAAACUUAUGAUGAGAAUGUUGUUGAUUAUAAUGGUCUGUACGAUGAAAAAAAUCUUCUAAUGGCAAAAAAAAAUAAACAAAAUCUGAAUUUAGUUGUUAUGGUGCUGCAGACCAGUAUUUAG